CCAUUGAAGGAAACCGUAGCACAAGAGCGAAACAUGGCGACUUCGAACAAUCCGCGGAAAUUCAGCGAGAAGAUCGCUUUACAUAACCAGAAGCAGGCAGAGGAGACGGCGGCGUUUGAGGAAGUGAUGAAAGAUCUCAGCAUUACACGGGCUGCGAGGUUACAGUUGGAGAAGACUCAAUAUUUGCAGCUAGGGCCGAACCGUGGGCCAUACUAUGGAGGAUCUUUGCCCAACGUCAAUCAGAUUGGAAAGAGCACUGUGGAUUUUUCUUUUGAGACUUCAGGGAUGGACGUGAACAGAUCAUCACGACACCACGGGCUAGUUGAUAGAGUCUACCGGAACCGAAUCACAUCCCCCCAUCAAAAACCCCUCGCUGUCGACAAGCACGGACGCCAAAUUGACAGCUGUCCAUAUGGCUCGGUAUAUCUGUCACCGCCACCUGAUACCAGCUGGAGGAGGACAAACUCUGACUCAGCACUUCAUCAGAGCACACUAGCUCCUUGCCAGCAGGCCUCCUUCACAGGCGGGUCACAGGAGCUCCAGCCCAAGCGAGUUCUGUUAUUAACUGUACCAGGAUCUGAAACCUUCAAACAGGAGGCUGAAGAAGAUGAGCAAAAGCAGAACUGGGACUGCAAAAAGAAUGUUUCUAGAGCCAAACCCUACAAAGUUCCUGGAAUUCACAUAUUUCCAUAUCCGGAGCAGCACUUGACCGCUUCCCUCAAACCGGUUGCCCACAGCACUGGUGGUUCGUUGCCUGACCUGACGAACAUCCAAUUCCCUCCUCCGCUGUCCACCCCGUUAGACUCGGAUGAUGCCGCAGCCCCCUCAUUCAGCUCCUCCAACAGUACGCAGACGCUGGAUAAAAUACAAGGAGUUAGCGCCUCUCAAGCACCAGUAACCAUGGAGAUGCAGUCUGGGCUGGACAACUUGGCUCCUCUCAUUCUUAACACAGGAGACCAUCACCAGAACUUGCAGCUCUCACCGACAUCUCCACCUCUCCCUCUGUCUCAGCUGCAGGUUGCAAUCAACACCAUGAACCUUGAGCAGCAGUUGUCCCAGUAUGCCUUCUUCAACCAGCCGCCGUUGUCCCAGACACACCAGAAUCAGCCUCAAACAGGUGCGGUCCAGCUGCCGUCCUCCAUGACCUCCUGUGCCACGUCGGACUGUCACACCUCCUCACAAAACAACAUGACCAUGGACAUGAACAUGGCCUCUCCCCUUCAACAGUACCGCAGUAGGGUGGGCUCCUCUGCCAAUCAGUCGCCAACCUCCCCCAUCUCCAAUCAAGGUUUCUCACCCGGCGGUUCGCCUCAACAUAACUCCAUACUGGGCAGUGUCUUUUCAGACUUCUAUGACCAGCAGCUCCCAUCCAUUCAAGCCAGCGCUCUCUCUCAACAGCUUGAGCAGUUCAACAUGAUCGAAUCCCCCAUCAGCUCUGACAACAACCAGACCUCCACGCUCAACUACUCCCAGGCCCUUAUGAUGGGCAUGUCUGGUGGUCACUGCAAUCUCCAGGGCUCUCAGCAGCUGGGCUACAGUAGCCAUGGCAACAUCCCCAACAUCAUUCUAACAGUGAGUGGAGAGUCUCCUCCCAGCCUGCCAAAGGACCUGGCCGCCUCACUGUCAACAGAUAUCAGCUUUGAUAUCGACACCCACUUCCCAUUGGAUGACCUCAAAAUCGACCCACUGACACUUGAUGGCCUGCACAUGCUCAAUGACCCGGACAUGGUCCUUGCUGACCCAGCCACAGAGGACGCCUUCCGCCUCGAUCGACUCUGAUGCUCCCGCACCCCCCACCCCAGCAUUGAGGAUUGUGGAGUGUAUUGGUCGAGGCCCCGUUUUGGCAAAGCGUGGCUUGAGCACCAACUUGUCAAAUCAAUCCCCACAAAAAAGAUGGGAGACAUCGUGGCUGGAAAGGAUUUUAAGACAGCUGCCAGAGUCCCUUCUUUUGGAAAAAUAGAUGACAAACUCAGAGGUAUGAAUUUCCUUCAUGGUUCUGUCACUUAAUUUUGCCAAUGGCACACCUUUUUUUUAAUUUGUAUUAAAUAUCUAGUUUUUGUGAUUGAUUUGGAGAAAUGUUUCAUGGUUUAAAGGAAAAGGGCGAUCUUAGAAUCACACUGAAAAGAAACAGACAAAGAAAAAAACAGUGGCGUAGCGUGGGGAGGAGUAUGUGCAAAAAAACAUUCAAAUUCUGUCAAAUGAUGAUUGAAGUGAAUCCUAUUAUUUUGGGAGUACCUCAAAAAUCUCACAGCACACCACCAAACCAAAAUGUAUGAAUGGCAACAGGUUCAUACACAGGUUCAUUAUGUACCUUCCGCCAUCUCCUGGAAGAGUUUUUAGUUUGUACAUAGGUGACCAAAGAAACAUUACUUGUCGUAAAUAAAUCAGAAUUUUAUUAAUUAAGUAAAAUUGGACAUUAAAUCAAAUCAAAGUUUAUUUGUAAAGCACCUUACAACAUCACAAUGGUGCCCAAGGUGCUUCAGAAGAAUAAAAACAACUUACAACAAAUGAAAACAGAGUAAGCUCGAAUAAGAUAUAAUACAAGUAAGAACAACUGAAACAAAAAUAGACAUACAUGUACAGAAUCGCAUCUAAAAUACCUAUAGUCAUCCUGUGUCAAAUGCCAGUCUGAAUAAAUGACUUUUUAAAUGCAAUUUUCACCGGUGGGAGGGAGUUCCAAAGCUUGGGGGCAAAGGCAACAAAAGAGCGAUCCCCCAUUUUUUUAUCUCCUCCUUGGGACUUCCAAUGUUGUGUGCUCAGGAGAGCGCAGGGCCCUAGAUUGGUGACGGACAGUUAAACGUUGAAAAAGCCAAGUAUGAUGCAGCAAGACCAUGAACACAAUGGAGGAGGCCCUUAAAAUGGAUUCUAGAAUGUAUCAGGAGCCAGUGGAGAGAAAAGAGAACUGGAGUGAUAUGGGCGUAUUUUGGAGCAUUAGCGGGAAGGCAAACAGCUGCGUUUUGCACCAACCGGAGCCUGCAAAGGAGAUUUACUCCAGAAUAGAGGGCAUUACAAUAAUCGAGUCUCGAGCUGAUGAAUGCAUGAAUUGCUUUUUCAAGGUCUGCUCUUGAUAAAAAGGGCUUUACCUUUGCCAGGAGCCUGAGGUGGAAAAAACCUGCUCUUACUGCAGAAGUCAUUUGUUUAUCAAACUUAAGACUGCUGUUGAAUAUCACACAGAGGUUCUUCACAGCAGCAGCAAAAAGAGGGGUAGGAGUGUUAAAAUUGGGUGCACUGUGAGGUGAAAAACAAUGUACUGUUGUUUUUCCUUCAUUUGAAUGAAGGAAGUUCUGCGACAGCCAUUGUUUGAUGUCAUGCAGACAGCUAUGGAGGAGAUGGAGGGGAUCUAGUGCCUUCUUGUCACUGAUAGGUUGAGCUGUACAUCAGCUUAAAAAUGGAAAUGGACAUUGUGUCUGGAGAUGAUUGGUCCUAGUGGUAGCAUGUAGAGUGAAAAGAAGGUAGGCCCAAGGAUUGAACCUUGGGGCACACCAGAGGAGACUGGAGCGACUGUAGAGGAAAAAUCAUUGAUCAUUACUGAAAAUGUCCUGUGAGAGAGAUAUGAGAUGAACCAAUUAAGCACAGAGCCGCUUAGGCCAACCCAGUGUUCCAGGCGGGAGAUGAGGACUGAGUAGUCCACAGUGUCAAACGCAGCUGUAAGAUCUAAGAGCACCCGCACAACAGCGUUUUUAGCAUCGAGGGCUGUGAGAAUGUCAAUGUGCACUUUCAAUAAAGCGGAUUCUGUGCUGUGGCGGGUCCUAAAGCGUGAUUGAAACUUGUUAGCAAUAUCAUGGAUGGACAGAAAUGGUUGAAGUUGUGAGAGGACAAGUUCCUCCAUGACUUUGGACAGGAAGCGCAGAUGUGAAAUUGGAAGGACAUUGGACAGAAUUGAUGGGUCUGGCUUAGGCUUUUUGAGGAGUGGUCUGACGAAAGCUUACUUAAAGGCAGUAGGGACAAUACCCAGCCUGAAGCAGCUGUUAAUGAAAAGAAUGAUGCUGUGACCAAUGGUAUCCAUUACCUCCUUCAUUAUCCUUGCAGGGAUAAUGCCUACAGGGCAGUCGGGGGGAGGUUAGCUGUUGGACUGAUUUUUUUUAAGAAGAGAAGUGGAAAUUGGCUCAAAGUUCUCAAAAGUGUGUUUUACAGGGGAGCCAGGCAGACCAGUAGCUGAGACCUUUGGGAUGGAUUGUCUUGACCGUUGCGACCUUGUCCAUAAAAAUCUGUUGCAAUGUAUUACAUGUGUGUUCAGGCACAUCAUUAAAAACAGCAGUGAUGGGGUUAAGGACAGAACUGAUUGUUAUUUCUGACUGUUAUUUCGUUUUUGCUUCCUUCACGGUUUUGUGGUAGGUGGCAAGAUUGUCCCUUAAGUUGCUCAGUGAUACAUGAAGUCCAUCUUUCUUCCAUUUGCGCUCAGCCUGCCUACACUGCCAUCUCAGGGCCCGAGCGGUUUCAUUCAGCCAUGGGUCAGGUGUGAAUUUGGUGGCUUUGUGUUUAAAUGGUGAAACAGAGUCCAAGAUCUGGGAACAUGUGGAGUUGAAGGAGGUGAGUUAGCUGUCCGGACACAUUAUAGGGCUUAGGUCAGUGCCUGAGAAGGCAGCAGCAAAGUCAUUGGCUAUUGAGGAGGUUAUACCCGGGGGUGGGAAAAGGCAGCAAGUUUGGGUGCAGCUGGUGGCGCUAGGGCCUCGAAGCAGAUGAGGGAGUGAUCAGAAAUAGGAAUAUUACGUGUAUCAGUAACUGACACAGAUAGUCCAUUGGGAGAUGACAAGAUCCAGUGUUUGCCCAAGCUGAUGAGUGGGACAAGCAAUGGACUGAGUAAGAUCCAGAGAUUCCGGCAGAGAAUUGAAGCAUUUAGCCAGGUGAUCAGAGGUGCAUCGGACAUGGACGUUAAAGUCACCACAGAUCAGUAUGUUGUCAAACUUUAGCAUGAUUUCUGUCAAAAGCUCACAGCAUUAAUUCAUAAAGUCUUUGUUUAACGUCAGUGGUCGAUAAACCACACCACAUAAGACGGGACUGGAGGGUGUGAGUACAAAAUACUGUCGCUCAAAGCUGGCAUAUGCUUUAGUGGAGAGUAGGCGGCACUUUAAAAUCUGCUUGUAAACAGUAGCUAUACCCCCGCCCUUCCCAGCUGGUCGCAACAUGCUGAGGAAAAAAUAGUUUGGAGAAAGUGCUGUUGUCACCUGAGUGAAGGCAGGUUUCCGUCAGGAAAAGCAAGUCAAGUUUGUUAGAGCGGAUAAAAUCCAUCCAUCCAUUUUCUAUGCCGCUUAUCCUAUUAGGGUUAGGGUUGCAGGGGUAUGCUGGAGCCUAUCCCAGAUGAUUUUGGUCGCCAGCCAAUCACACGGCACAUAUAGACAAACAACCAUUCACACUCACAUUCAUACUUAUGGGCAAUUAACCAUUAACAUGCAUGUUUUUGGAAUGUGGGAGGAAACCGGAGUACCCAGAGGAAAUGCACGCAUGCACGGGGAGAACAUGCAAACUCCACACAGACAUGCCCAAAUGGAAGUUUGAACCCAGAUCUUCCCCAUCUCCUGACUGUGUGGCCACCAUGCUAACCACUAGACCACGGUGCGGCCACGGAUAGAAUCAUUGAGGAUAAAAGUCUUGUUAUUUAGUGAUCUGGUGUUAAAAAGAGCCAUAUGAAGUGAGCUCCAGUUGUACUGCAGCGGAGCAGAGCGAGCUACAGGACGGAGACAGUUUUGAGCACAAUCUCGUCUGGAGAUCCUCGCGAGCCGACGCCGUGGAAGCAUGAAGCUGGCUCCGUGGUUAACCGGUCUCAGCCACCGGUAGCUGUAGUCCAGCGAUCGCUGCAGAUCAACGUUGCCCCGCGCUGCUAUGGCUCCAGUCAGCAAUGAAUUGCUCUUACGAGGGGACGGUAAAGCCAGGCAGGUCCUCAAUCUGACGUAAAAUUCACCCCUCUUUCUACGUCUUGAUUAGCCGGGAAGUGGGCCGAUAGAACGUCUCAGCAGUGGGGGUAUAGACGCCAGAAAUGGUGGUGGAACAUUUGACUUUCCAAGCACAAUAGAUGCGGUGCGGAUAUCAAAGAGUGUCAAGCGAUCAUAAACAAUAACUGGCAUCACGCCAUUAAAAAAAAAAACAUGCAUAGGAGAGCGGGAAGCCAAACACAGUGGUGCCAUCUUGAAUCUGGGGCAACUGAUGAUCUCUCAUGACAUACUAAUGCGCCGCGGCACAGUGGUUGGGAAUCACUGGGGAAGCUUAUUCUGAAUGUCAUAUCAUUGGUAGUGUAUCGCAAUGAGUAAGUGUCAAAUGUUGAAAAGAUGGUGUGUUCCAAUAAUGUUUGGCUAUAUCAGGUGUCUGAUUUAUGAAGGGCUCAAUACUGGACUGGCGGAAGAGUACCGGGGGUGGGUUAGGUGGCAGGAAUACUUGACUCGGCGAACCACGCUACACCACAGUAAAACAGUGCAGCUUGAGGGGGAGACCCCACUUGGAUGGGUUUGCCAUUUUUGUACUCAUUAUGCAUGAAGUCUAAUCACUGUGUAUCCUUGUUUUGCCUUAAGACUCCGCAUUUCAGUUUUCAUGCAAAAGUAAUUCAAGCGGAAAUGACAUCAUCACAUUUAAAUUGUAAAGCACUUUCACAGGUAACUUGGCCCCCGUAAGUCAAAGUUGCGCUCCGCCAAUGUACUUAUGAGGCAUGGUAAUUUUUCAUGUGUUACUUUUACUCACAACCAUGUACAGUCGUCCCUUGCCACGUCCCUCGAAUUUGGCAGUUUUUCCGUUUUAAAAAAAAUAUAUUAAUGACUAAAUCAUGCUGUUUUGUGGUUGAACACAGCCUGUUAUCAGUCAAAAAAUAAGCAAAGGUUAGGUAUUUUCCUGCCUAAAUUAAGCAUUUUCAAGUGUAAAAAUGGAUAAGUGAACUAAAUACAUUCAAGACACAUUUAAAGACUUUGAUGAUAUGUAGUAUUGUACAAUGGCCACUAGGUGUCAGUAACGUUACUGUAAUGUUUGGUGAGACACACAAGCGCAGGCUUUUAUUGCAGGUUUGAAUGAUCUCACAACAGGCACAAUAAUCCCUCAUAAAAAUCCCUAAUAAACAACACAGGCUGCUGUUUCAGACAUUAUCCUCGCAAAAUUGAAACUCAACUCUGAACCUCCAAAGUCACCUCUUGUCUACCCCUCACUCAGCUUCACUAGGUUACAUUUACAGUAACACAUGCGAGCAUGGGUCUUAUUAAUGUCUUAAAUGGCUCAUUUGCUCUUAAUAUGUCUACUAUAUUGGGUAAUAGGAGUGUAACGGUGAUUAUAGGGCUGUUAUUUCAUGUCUAGAGGGCUCUAAUAUUGUAAAAAAAAAAAAAAAACGGAUUUAGAAUGUCGUAACAGGUUUUCUAUACUUUAACUACGGAAAGAUUCCAUUUAUAAAUAAGGAACCCUACUUCGCGGAAAUUCACUUAUCCCUGUUGGGUAUGGAACCAAUUAACCGCGACAAAUGAGAGAUUACUGUAUCCUCCUUUUCUUUCACAUUCAAGUUUAACUGGAUGCGGUGUGUGUCGUGGCAUUAAUGUUUACAUUUGUUGUUGUUUUAUAUUGUUCUGUGUGUACAGAAUGUGAUUCGAUUUUGAGGAACUUGACCUAUGCAAAACUGAAGCAUUGAUUUAGGACUACAAAGUGAAACAUAUAAUAUAUAUCGACCCUUACGUAAAGAAAGUGGUGCCAUGAUGGUGCCAUGUUUAUACAGUACUUAUUUUGAUACGAUUUUUGAAACUUGUCAAAAAAAAAAAAAGGCUCACAUAGAGGACUCUCCUCCCAAAGAUAUGACCUCAGUGUUGAAGGCGUAUAUUUUUCAAGACAUUUGAACAGCCUCUAUUCCAGAACAGCACUGCGGAUGCAACGAGAAUGUAUUUACAUAUGAACAUAUUGUCAUGGCCUAACAUAAUUACUUAUGUUCCGUUUUGGAUGUGUUGUUACUUUUUACUCUCCACAAAGUACGUGUUUGAAAUGAUAACUUUGUUUUCCUGACACUACCACCUGUCUGUCGAUGCACUUUAUGCUUUAACUUGUGAGACUGCUUUAAGGGAAUUUCGAUACCAAACCUCUUAACUGUUAUGUGCACUGGACACGUUAGGCCUGUCUCUCAUUGUACUGCACAUUCAUACACAAUAAUCUCAUACUGUAUUUAGUACAAGUACAAGAAUUAAUCUAAUUAAUUGUAACAGUAAACGUCACAAACGUGAGUACAGUCCUCACAUUUCAGCAACCGUGUUAUUACUCAAGGGACGAUACUAUUGAAAUGAUGGCUGUAAUUUAGAGUAGACGGUGUGUAGCUUGUACAGCAGUGUUUAUUCACAACGCUGGGGUGGAGGGGAUUGGGGCUACUGAAUAUCACAUGUUGAAAUCACGUUUUCCCUCAGUGAACCGCAGCUCCCCGCUGUCGGCAGCACUCAUGCAGCCCCAUACCAUGCUGCUACCACCACCAUGCUUGACUGGAGGCAAGGCACAUUUAUCUCGGUACUCAUCUGGGUCGUACUGGCUGUGUGUUGGGUCACUGAGUCAGUAGAUAGCACAUAUAUACAUAUAUACACCGACUACUUUAAAGUAUAUCCAUGUUUUAUAGUAUUGUGGCUUGAGAAGAUAUACUGUACGAUAUACCCCCCAGUCUCAUUUGAUGGCUUUCAAACUGUAAUGCGUUUUGUUCAAAUGUGUGUUGUACAGUACACUGGGGGAUUCAUCUGCCUUUACGUAUUUCAAACGAUGACUGUCGCACUGCCGUUGUCGUUAAUAAUAAUGUAUUUCAAGGUCCUCUUUUGUCUGCAUUUUUCACUGAUAUUCUCAAACAAUUUAAAUGCAAAUUACUUUUUUCCCCCGUUUUAGUGUAAUUAUUUUUUGAUUGCAUGAAUGACUUGACGAGGUUUGACUUUUGUUUCCUUGUUCUUCUUUGGUGAGCUGUGUUACCUGUUGUUUCAAACGGCCUUUUUUUGUCUCUUUUAUCUAGUCGUGUGUGUGUGUGUGUGUGUGAAGAAGCUGAAGAACAGUCCUUUGGUUGGUAUUGGUACUAUGUUCUUACACUGCAAUAUAUACGGUACGAUAUGUGCUUCUUCCCUGUAUAUCGUCAUGGUAACUGUGUAGACUUGCUUUGUAGUUUGCUGUAUGAUGACGUUUUUUUGUGGUUCGUGUAUUAUUACGAUGUCAAGGUGAGAAAAUGCACUAAGAAAUAACGCGCUGCAAUGUGUCAUUGUGGCUCUAUUUCGUAUCACAAGGCUGACAUCUUUGUAGGUUCAUGUUCUGUUUGGGUUGUUCUUUGAGCUCGGACAUGCACCCGUUUCAUGCGUCAAUGUUACUUUUGUGAGAAGACUUUGUCACAGUGUUUGUUUUACUCUCCAAAUUGCAGAACAUUUAACCAAUUACUCAAUAGCUAAUAUUUUUUUAGCAUUUUAUACCUUUUAUUCUCCUAAACUGACCCUUUUAUUUGCUUUUUUAAAAAUGUUAUUCUUCCUCUUGUAUUUCGUUAUUAAAUCAUCAGGUAAACCCGAGAUUGUAAUCCUAAAGCAACUAAUUAGAAGUGACAAAAAAAACUUGUUUGGGUCAUAAUGAAUGUUUACAUUGGACAUAAGAACUGAUAUUGAUACAGCAUGACCUGUCCUACACAGUCGUGACUCAUGAAUCUUGUCAAAUGUUUGGUAAAUUGUAUUUGUCAUGUGAAAAACAGCAUUGUUUUGCUUUAACUCAGCUUUUAUCAGUCUGGAGCAGAGGUAUACCACUUGACUAGAUGUACUCUCUGUGAGACACGUGUGCAAACUCAGAACCACUUCAGGACAAUGAACUACUGUAUGGUUAACCACAUGAGUCUUUAUGUGUGCAUUUUGUGGACAACCAUGCCUGUUCAAGCCUCAUCCGAUGGCAGCUAAAUUGUAACAUGUAUUUCGUUUAAGAGUGUAUCAUUCCUAAUGCUUAACCAUGCAUUUUACCACAAUGAGGGGGUGUACCGUGUUACAACCGUGCACUGCUCUCAUUGGGAAAAUCAAACAUAUGCUCAAUAUGCAAAUUCUAACACUAAAGCGCAGCCCAGGUUGGUACUUUUUUCAGCUAACCCUUUAAAAUGACAGCUUGUGUGUUUUCUAUUAUAAAUUGUCUAUAUACAUAUAUAUUAACUGUCAGAUUGGACCAAAUGGAUCCAAGUUGGCUGUAAAUUUGUGCUAUAUUAAAAAAAAUGCUUCUGUUUGAAAUGUACCUGAUGUAUUUUUCUUGUGUGAAGGCUACUGUCUUUGUAAAAGAUGAAUAAAUAUAUCAGAAUAUGC